UGCUGUUUUUUAACAAAAUGGCGUUUAGCUUGGUUAGCUCGUUAGCAGAGUCUCUUUGUUGUCCAACAGUUCUGAUCCAUCAGAGCCUCUGUGUGUCUGGAUCAACCUGUCUGAAUGGACUUUGUGCUCUUCAGCUUUUAUUCUGAAGGUCUGACCUCUGACUCAUCUCCCGGUAGCCUACAAAGCUACUGAAGUUAGCUUAGCAUGCUAGCUGGUUAGCAACACAGCUGCUAGUCAGAGUGACCGUUUGAUGGAGAGCAAACUGUGUUUCUGACGGAGUUUGAUGGAGAGCAAACUGUGUUUCUGACGGAGUCUGAUGGAGAACAAACUGUGUUUCUGACGGAGUCUGAUGGAGAGCAAACUGUGUUUCUGACGGAGUCUGAUGGAGAGCAAGUUUCUGUCAUUGUGGUAAAAUGUGUAAAGUCCAGAUGCUGAGAGCGUUGGUGAAGCAGCGACUAACUGCGGCUGCUGAAGAGAUAUGUGGGCUGUUUGAAAGAACGAUAGCAGAGUACGAGGAGGAACUCUCUCGAUCAAAAGAGGAGAACGAGCGACAACAGAAACUACUGGACGCUGUUUUACACCCUCAGCUUCAGUUACACAGAGCAGAUGUCCAGCAGCUGUUGGUGGUUAAAGAGGUUCCCCCUGAGCAGCAGGAGUGGAGCCCCAGUCUGGACCAGGAGGACCCAGAGCCCCCACACAUUAAAGAGGAACAGGAGGAACUCUGGACCAGUCAGGAGGGAGAGCAGCUCCAAGGGCUGGAGGACUCUGAUAUUGAGUUCCCAUUCAGUCCUGUCUCUGUGAAGAGUGAAGAAGAUGAUGAAGAGAAACCUCAGUCCUCACAGCUUCAUCAAAGUCAAACUGAACAGAUGGAAACAGAAGCUGAUGGAGAGGACUCUGGAGGACCAGAACCAGCCAGGAACUCAGAUUCAGAUGCACAUUUACAACCAGAUACUGUUGACAAGACUGGAGACUGUUCUGUACCUGAGGCUGAAAACAGUGAUGACUGGAAGGAGACCAGAGAACCUCAGUCACGUUUAAACUCUUUGAAAAAUGAUGAAGUUACAUUCAGUGAUUUCAGAUGUAGUGCUGGAGAGAAACCAUUUAGCUGCUGUGAGUUUGAGAAAACAUUUGGCAACAGUGGAAAUCUGAGGAUACAGGAGAGAACUCAUACAGGAGAAAAACCUUUCAGCUGCUCAGUUUGUAAGAAAUCUUUUACACAGCUUGGAAGUUUACAGAAACACAUGAGAGUCUCUGUGUGUGUUAACUGUUUUCCUGCAGACGUCCAGCAGCUGUUGGUGGUUAAAGAAGAGGUUCUCCCUGAGCAGCAGGAGUGGAGCUCCAGUCUGGACCAGGAGGACCCACAGCCCACACACAUUAAAGAGGAACAGGAGGAACUCUGGACCAGUCAGGAGGGAGAGCAGCUUCAAGGGCUGGAGGAGGCUGAUAUCAAGUUCCCAUUCUCUCCUGUCCCUGUGAAGAGUGAAGAAGAUGAUGAAGAGGAACCUCAGUCCUCACAGUUUUAUGAAAGACAAAUUGAACAGAUGGAAACAGAAGCUGAUGGAGAUGACUGUGGGGGACCAAAACCAGCGAGGAACUCAGAUCCAGAUGCACAUUUACAACCAGAUACUUAUGACAAGACUGGAGACUUUUCUGAACCUGAGACUGAAAACAGUGAUGACUGGAAGGAGACCAGAGAACCUCAGUCAGGUUUAAACUCUUUGAAAAAUUAUGAAGUCCCUCUCAGUGAUUCAAGAUGCAGUACUCGUGAGAAACCAUUUAGCUGCUCUGAGUGUGGGAAAACAUUUGGCAGCAGUGGAAAUCUGAAGAGACACAUAAGAACUCAUACAGGAGAAAAACCUUUCAGCUGCUCAGUUUGUAAGAAAUCUUUUACACAGCUUGGAGGUUUACAGAAACACACAAAAAGCCACACAGGAGAGAAACCUUUCAGCUGCUCAGUGUGUGGUAAAGGUUUCAUUGAAAAUGGACAUCUGAAUAGACACAUGAGAUCACACACAGGAGAGAAACCUUUCAGCUGCUCAUUGUGUGGUAAAGAUUUCAUUGAUAGUGGAGAUCUGAAGGUACACAUGAGAACUCAUACAGGAGAGAAACCUUUCAGCUGCUCGGUCUGUAAGAAGUCUUUUACACAUAGUGGAAGUUUUCGGAAACAUGUGAGAAAUCACACAGGAGAGAAACCUUUCAACUGCUCAGUGUGUGGUAAAUGUUUCAUUGACAAUGGACAUCUGAAUAGACACAUGAGAAGACACACAGGAGAGAAACCUUUCGGCUGCUCAGUGUGUGGUAAAGAUUUCACUGAAAGUAUAGAUCUGAAGGUACACAUGAGAACUCAUACAGGAGAGAAACCUUUCAACUGCUCAGUUUGUAAUAAAUCUUUUGCACAGAGUGGAAGGUUACAUAAACACAUGGUAACUCACACAGGAGAGAAACCUUUCAGCUGCUCGGUCUGUAAGAACUCUUUUGCACAAAAAGGAUAUUUACAGACACACAUGAGAAUCCACACAGGAGAGAAACCUUUCAGUUGCCCAUUUUGUGAUAAAAGAUUUCUGCGCAAGGACCAUAUGAAGUUACACAUGAGAACUCAUACAGGAGAGACUCCCCUUUAGUUUUGUUUUUUGGCAAAUGUUUUAUACAAAAUGUAAAUCUGACAUAUCACUUGGACACAUCACACAAGGGAGAAACCAUUUAGUUCCACAGUUUGUGGUAAAACAUUUAUAGAAAAAGCAACUAUGACACACCACAUGGCAGUCCACACAGGGAAAAAAUAUUCAGUUGCAGUGACUGUAACUAAAGAUUUGCCUGUCGUCAUCAGGUUAAAAGACAUUAAUGUGUUGGUCAUCAAUCCUCACAGCUUCAUGAAACUCAAACUGAUGAGACAGAGCUUCCAGUCAGAGGCAGAGCCUCCAGUCAGCACCGCAAUUGAACAGAUUGAAACAGAAGCUGAUGGAGAGGACUGUGGAGGACCAGAACCAGCCACGAACUCAGAUCCAGUUACACAUUUACAACUAGAUACUGAUGACAAGACUGGAGACUCUUCUCAACCUGAGACUGAUGACAGUGACAACAGAGAUUUUUAGAAAGAGAGCAGUGGACAUCUGUCAGGUUUAAAUACUCAAAAAUCACAAGAAUGAGAAUGUCAAUAAGAAGUCAUUCUUCUUCCUCUGCUGUGAGCAAACAGCAUUUAGAGUUGGGCAUGGUUUCAGUUUUAGACUUCUCACAGGCUGUAUGUAAAGGGCUCUGUUUGAUAUUAAUAGUUUCAUCCAUGCAGUUGGCUCAGAUUAAAAUUGAAAAUGAAGUAGGGAGACUUCUGGUCUGAUAUUUGUUAUGAAGGUUUAUGGUUUUCUUUUACUUUCCUCUUUUGUCUCGGUCUCACUGUGAGGGGAAACUUUUAUAGCUUGACAUGAGAAGAAUCUCCUAAACAACUUUAAAUUGGGUCAUUCACAGUGUUUCCUGGUUUAUUAAACUGCUUUUAUUGUCUGUAUGCAUGUGAAAUGAUAAUUGAGUGAUACACUUGACUUAUUUGCUGUAGUUUGUUAUCUGGAGAUAAGUUGAUGUUUUGAUGGAUUGAUCUGAUUUUAUAUGAUUGUGUGAUAUACUUUUAAUAGACUUUACAUAUUUUGAUCUGUUUGGAGAAUAUUUACAACAUAGAAAAGUGAAUAUCCUCCCAUACACUGUCCCUUUUUCUGUUUUCAUAUAUAUACUGUAUAUAUUCAUGAAUGUUUAUUGAAAUGUGGUGAGGUACAAGGAGCCCUCUAUGUACAGAUCUCCACAGAUAGCAACGGUCUUUUACAACAUUAAACUGUCUAAUAAAAGAUUCAGACAAACCAAUUUGGCGGCAACAGAAACCAAUGAAAUAUAUCUUCCAUUUGAAACUUAAGGGAAAGGGAAACAAACUACUUUCAUCUUUUGAAUUUGGACAGCUAUGAAAAUGGAAUAACAUUUGUGUCUUUCUUCAAACUGAGUUGGUUGAAUGAAUAAAAAGUGUUUCCCGAACUGAAGGACGUAAUAAAGGGAACACAAGAACCGAAA